CUUUCAUUUAAUCCAAUGAGAGUAAGUGGGGGAUAAAUCGUUACGAUAUAGCUAUCUAGAUUUCUUCAGUCAGCGACUGUCAUGAUAUGUUAUUUAGCCCAGCCUCUUUGACCGAAUGUUUACAGGAAUGGGAAGAUCUCGAAAAGGAGUACCAGCAAGUUCAGGAGACCCAUCGCCUCUACAAACAAAAGUUGGAAGAAGUUUCCAAAUUACAAAAUGGCUUUUCUGCUUCCAUUUCACGACAGAAGAAAAGGCUAAAAGAGCUUGCAGCUUCACUUGAAGAAUGCAAACAGAAAGGGGGCCCAGAGGACAUAAGAACUAUCAAUGGGAUCCAAGAAUCAAUUAAAGAACGACCAAAUGUAUUUUUCGAGAUGGAGGCCUUCCUUCCAAAGAAAAAUGGGUUAUACCUCAGUCUUGUGCUUGGAAAUGUGAAUGUUACCCUCCUUAACAAACAGGCCAAAUUUGCCUAUAAAGAUGAAUAUGAGAAGUUCAAGCUCUACCUGACUGUCAUACUUCUACUUUUCUCCUUUACGUGUCAGUUUGUGGUUAGCUACAGAGUGCUUGAUGCACUUUUCAACUUUCUGUUGGUGUGGUAUUACUGCACAUUGAUGAUAAGAGAGAGUAUACUCAUUAAUAAUGGCUCUAAGAUUAAGGGCUGGUGGGUAUUUCAAUAUUAUGUGUCAACUUUCCUCUCUGGAGUAAUGCUGACUUGGCCUGAAGGAGCACUCUACCAAAUGUUUAGGAACCAGUUCCUGUCCUACUCUAUGUAUAUAAAUUUCAUCCAGUUUCUUCAGUACUACUACCAGAGUGGCUGUCUGUACCGGCUUCGUGCCCUGGGAGAGAGACACAACAUGGACCUCACCGUUGAGGGAUUUCAGUCCUGGAUGUGGAGUGGACUAACUUUUCUAUUGCCUUUCCUUUUCUUUGGCCAUUUUUGGCAACUCUACAAUGGAAUCACACUUUUCCAAAUGGCUAAACUGCCAGAAUGGAAAGAGUGGCAGGUCCUUAUGUGUGGCUUCACCUUCCUUGUGCUGUUUAUGGGAAACUUCUCCACCACACUGGGUGUAGUUUACCAAAAAUACACAAAUAAGGACAAAACAAAAGAUUUAUGAAUGAAAAACACUUCUAAAGUCUUUGUACA